CGCAGACUUACGUACUGUACUUUCGUAGAUGGUUUGAGCCCCCAAGGCAACUGACAAAAACAUUGGAAUAGCGACAGCACUAGAAACGACGAACAAAAUUUAGCUCAGCCUCCGAAGUCUGAACCUCCCUAGCGGAAAUUUUCUUUUGAAAACCCCAGUAUGACCGUUAGAUAAACUCUUAUUCCACUCCUUCCCACCUUCUUCCCCCGCAAUAUCCCAUCCUCAUGCGCGCACGACAACCGCCGCCGCCGUCGCCAACAUGAAGCUAUCCAAACCCUCCUUCGGCGUCGACCCCUCUCUCGACUCCCGCCACUGCUACGAAACCUCCUGGCUCCUACCCCCUCUCCCCUUCGCUCUCCUCCGCGCCCUAAUCGCCCUCUAUAUCUUCAUCACCAUCUUUUUCAUCUGGGGCUGGGACGGCACCCACGGCGACUCCGACGCCAUUGGCCACAGCUUCAGCUACUUUACCUGGCUCACGUACUGGGGUCUGGGCUUCUAUUAUCUCGUCGCGGCGAUCCAUACCGCAUGCUACGCACGCACGGGGCGCUCCGUGCUCUUCGACAGACUGCCUCGUGCGCUGCGCGCCCUGCAUGCGAUUUUCUACACGACCAUCACUACCUUCCCGUUUCUCGUGACGAUCGUGUUCUGGGCGAUUCUGUUUGAGCCGCCGUGGUAUACGCGGACUUUUGAGGCUUGGUCGAAUAUCUCGCAGCACGGCCUCAACUCCCUCUGGGCCCUGCUGGAAAUCAUCCUCCCCACCACGAACCCGCAUUCGCUUCUGGCGUUUCCGGUCCUGGUACUGAUUCUCCUGCUGUACGUCGCGCUCGCGUACUUGACCUACCACACUGAGGGGUUCUACACCUACUCGUUCUUGGAUCCUGGUACGGACGGCGAGCAUAGUGGUCGCGUGACGGCUUACUGCUUUGGGAUCUUUGCAGCGAUCCUGGUCAUUUUCAUUCUCUCGUGGGCUGCUAUUUGGUUGAGGCGGAGACUUACCCAUGGAAAGAUCAAGAGGUCGGUCUACGACAAGGAGGACGUUCCUGAGAUGCGGUAUGUCGGAGUUUAGUAGGGAUAUUAUGUGGUGUGUAUAUAGGAUAAUACGUAAUAAUAAUGAGCAUGUAUGUGUGCACGCUGCG